UAACGAAAACGAGGCUAGCUCGAAGCGUGUGGAAAAUGGCGGACGAAAGCGAGACCGCAGAACCAAGAGAACAAGAUGGAUUUAAGGCUGACCAAGAUAACUUUCAAGACAAUUACAAAAUGCAUAGGGGUCCACCCUUUCCUGGCCCUCCUCCACGUGGAAGAGGGUUCAUGAGAGGUCCAAGGCCACCAUUUGGAAGAGGACCCCCAGGUCCAGGACAUGGACCUCCAAGAUUCCGAGGGCCCCCGGGACCUCCAGGAAUGAGGGGACCUCCUCCUCCUGGUAUGCGAGGUCCACCUCCUCCGGGGAUGAGAGGGCCACCUAGAGGACAUCCAUCCCAUUUCGGAGGGCCAGGCAGACCUCCUUUUGAUCCUAACUAUGGUCCACCUCCACCGGGAAUGGGAUCACCACAGGGGAUGGGGCACCCACCAGGAAUGCCUCCACCCCCAGGUAUGCAGCCUCCUGGCAUGCCACCUCCAGGGAUGCCCCCACCUGGUAUGCGACCACCUAUGAUGCCACCUCCAAACAUGCCUCCACCAAAUUUUUCAAUGCCCCCUCCCGGGUUCAUGCCACCAACCUCUGCUGGGAGCGGUCAGACAGCACCUGGGUCAGACCUGAAUCAGGAACUGUGGGUCGAGACUAAGACAGCCGAAGGAAAGGCAUACUUCUAUAAUGCCCGCACCAGAGAGUCGGCCUGGGUUAAACCGGAGAAUGUGAAGAUCAUCACACAAGCUGACGUGGAGGCAAUGGCAUCCCAGGCCCUGCAGACAAACACCCCAACAACUAUGGCUGGCACAUCUACCGCUGCUCAAGCUGCAGUGGCACAGGCUCAAGCAGCUGCCACCAAUCAAAACCCAGUCAGUGCUACACCUGACAUGACUGGAUUUAAUCAGAUGGGCCAAGGCUUUAGUCCAGUCCCCAUUAGUCAGAGUGCUGCACAGCCUAUUCCAAGUCAGCCAGAGGUGCAGCCGACUGCUGCUGAUGCUGUAGCGGCUCAGAAACCCCCGACUACACAGAUGCCACCCAAACCUCCAGAGGUUGCUGAAUGGUCUGAACAUAAAAAUGGCGAUGGACGUUCAUACUUCUACAACUCCCGCUCUAUGGAAUCUACAUGGGAUAAACCACAAGUACUGCUUGACUGGGAAGCUAAAAUAGCACAGAAACAACAACAGCAACUACCACCUCCAGUGGCUCCCCAGCAGCAGCAACAACAGCCGCAGCCAAUGCAGACAGAGAGUCCCCAGGUCAAUGGUUACAGUGCAGUUACAGAGGAAAUAUCUAACGAGGCAGAGGAGAAGGAGGAAGAAAAGGAGGAGGAGAAAAAGGAGGAAGAAGACGAAAAGACUGAGGAACAGAAAGCAGCAGAGAAAGCACGUCCAGUAUCGAGUACACCAGUACCAGGGACACCUUGGUGUGUGGUGUGGACUGGGGAUGGUCGAGUCUUCUUCUACAACCCAAGUCAGCGUACGUCACUGUGGGAAAAACCAGAGGAGAUCCAAGGACGCCCGGAUGUGGAGAAGAUGCUUCAGGCCCCACCUGAUGCAGCCAAGGCUGAGAAGAAGGAGGAGGAAGGAGAACCACAGGCCAAGAAGCAAAAGAUGGAUGAGCUGACGGAGGACAAGAAAGAUGAGGUGAAGAGGAUAGAUGUAGGUAAGGAAGCGGCCAUUGAGGCAGAAGUCCAGGCAGCUAGACAGCGAGCAGUUGUCCCUCUGGAGAUUCGCAUGAAGCAGUUUCGGGACAUGUUAGCGGAGAAAGAGGUGUCGGCAUUUUCUACUUGGGAGAAGGAACUCCACAAGAUUGUGUUUGAUCCUCGCUAUUUGCUACUUACUUCUAAGGAGCGUAAACAGGUAUUUGAACAAUAUGUGAAGGAGCGAGCAGAGGAGGAGCGCAGGGAAAAACACAGAAAAUUACGUGAGCGGAAGGACUCAUUCAGACAACUGCUUGAUGAGGCAAGACUUCAUGGAAAAUCCUCCUUCAGUGACUUUGCUGCCAAGUAUGGCAAAGAUGACCGAUUCAAGGCUAUUGAUAAGAUGAGGGAGAGAGAGGCCAUUUUCAGUGAUUACUGUUCUGACCUGAGAAAGAAAGAGAAGGAAGAGAAAUCUCUCCAAAAAGAAAGGCUGAAGUCCGACUUCUUGUCGCUUUUGAAGGAAACUUCGGAAAUUGAGCGACACUCGCGUUGGAGUGAGAUAAAACGAAAAAUUGACUCUGAUCCACGAUACAAAGCAGUGGACAGUAGUUCUCGACGAGAGGAUUGGUUUAAGGAUUAUGCAAGGAAGUUGGAAGAUCCUGUAUCAGAAGAUGAAGAUGACAAAAAAGACCGGGAGAAUGACAAGAAAGAGCGAGAAAAACAGGAGCGAGUGGAAGCCAGCAUCCGUAAGCGAGAAGAAGAAGUACAAAGGUCACUAUCCACAUCUCUACGUGAACGUGACAAGGAGAGAGAACAACAUAAGAAAGAUGAAGCCAUGCAGCUCUUCAAUGCACUACUCUCUGAUCUGGUACGGAACUCUGAAGUAACAUGGCGAGACACCCGUAAACAGCUGAGGAAGGAUCAUCGCUGGGACCUAGCUGACCUUCUGGACCGGGACGAGAAAGAGAAGCUGUUUGAGGAGCAUAUUGAUAACCUCAACAAGAAAAACAAGGACAUGUUCCACAAGCUGAUGGAUGAUACCAUGCCCAGUCUUACUUCCACAUGGAAGGAAAUAAAGAAACAGAUAAAGGAAGAUCCACGAUAUGUAAAGUUUUCAUCCAGUGACAGGAAACGUGAAAAAGAAUUUAAUGAUUAUCUUCAUGAGAAAUAUGUACAAGCAAAGGCAGAUUUCCGUGAGUUGUUAAAGGAAUCCAAACUCAUAACUUACAGAUCUAAGAAGCUCUUAGAAGAAUCUGAUUCACACAUGAAGGACAUCAUCACUAUACUACAGAAUGACAAGCGCUACCUGAUCCUGGACUGUGUAGAGGACGAGCGCAACAAGAUCCUCAUGUCCUAUAUUGAUGAUCUGGACAGGAAGGGGGUCCCUCCUCCACCCACUGCAUCGGAACCUUCCCGUAGGUCCACCAAGUGAUUCCAAUAGGAGGCUUUAAGACUACACUACAGACACUGAUGUUCUUCGUUUUCAUCUCAUUUAGCCAACCUGAGAUUUGACUGACAGCAUUUCUACACAAUAUAUUGUGUUUGUUGUCUCAUGUCCACGGAGAAAGACUAAAUUGUUAUUGUUAACAAACAUCAUCAAUCAUUGAUAUACAGUUUAACUGACAGUUCCUAAAUGUUGUUGUAAAUUGUUUUUAGAUUUGAUUUGGACAAAGUUUUGGGGUGUUUUAUGGUCAGUCAACUUCACUAGAAUUUGUAAUAGGUGAAUUUGGUUCACUCAGAAAUGGAGACAUUGUAGCUGUUGUCUGCAUAGAGAGUUCCCCAACAGUGGCCUACUCCAUUUAUAUUGAUCAAGGAUACCAUGACUUUUACUGCGAAGCUGAAUAUAAUGCUCAUGGAAAAAAUUGAUGCAAUGCCCCAUUUUUAUAUACAGUUCAACUUUAUGCCUUUAAACAGUUUGAUUUGGCAGUGCCAAUGGAAGUAGGUGUUUUCCAUGGAGAGGGUGGGGGUAUUGUGGGAGUCAUCCCCCUCCUCUAGUUUUACGUUGUUGGAUUUUAUUCAGAGCUGUGUUGAUUAUAUGUUAAACAGACAGAUCCAUAUUGUACAUGUUAUCGUGAUGUCCAAAUCAUUAAUAGUGCAUUCACUUCACAUUUUGCAUUUAAUCAUGCUGUCUUCUCGGAAUGUUCAUUUUAAUUGCAAAACAUUCCAUGAUAUUGGUGUGGAAAGAAAGGUUAAAUGGAUUUGUAAGAAAUAGUUUUAUCCAGUGUCAUUUUUGCAUGGAUGUAUUGUUUAAUCUUAUAAAUUAAGAUUUUAUGGCACUAGCAAAACCAGCUAACUGUCCAAAACAUGAUUCAAGUUUAAAAAUCCAUAUUACUUGGACAGCAUACAUGAUUAUUGGCUGUGGUUUAUAUUUUGUAAAGUCAACACGUUCAGGUAUUAUUUAAUGAACACACAAACCAAGUUACAAGUUAGUAUUCUGUGGCACUGAAAGCUACCCAGGAGUAGAAUCUUUUGUUGAGAGACACAGUUAACAUUCAUUCAGUUAUUAUGGGGUGAUCAACUUACUUUAUUAGUUUCCAGUCAGUUGAUUUGGGCUACUUUUUAGGUUCGGUUAUUGUAUUUCUCAAAACAUUUUUCUUUAUACAUUAAAAUUUGAUGGGAAUAUACUGAUAUAGCAUUGCCUUUCCAUGUGACCAGUAUAAUAUCCUACAGACAGGGUUAUCAUCACGAUAUGUAUGGUAGUGUUUUCCUGAGUGGCAUUUUGCUUCAGAACUCUUUUUGCAAGUGGUACUCUUCUUGUUUUCUUACAAAAUUUCUUUUUCUGUUGAUACUUUGUCACAUACCAAUGUGAUAUCAAAAAUGAGUUUUAUGGUGAUCCUUUGUUAGUACUGGGAAUAUAUGACAGUUGAUGUGUAUCCUCUCAGUUCAAAUCUGUUAUGAUAAUGUGGGAAAUUUCAUCUUAUUUUAGGCAACUGUUUUAAGAAUUUUUAUGUGAUAUAAGAACAUGUACUAGGAGAUGAAAUCCAGACAACAGAUGUUUUAACAUGUAUAAUUAUCUUCAUGGCAGUGUUUUUAGCAAAGUUUGUAUUUGUACAUAGAAGUAUGUGUGUAAAAACCACUUCACAAUCGUGUAAAUAUUGACCAUUUAAAGGCAGUUCUAAUGUUGUUAAAUAUGUACAUUAACUAUAUAACUGCUGGCCUAGUCCAGACGUCAUGUAUAAUCUUGGCUAGGUUAAGGUGCCAGAAAAUAGAGCCAGUUUUAAUUCAGUUUUACAGCUAAUGUUGAAAAUGUAAUUGAAAUGAACAAGAAACAUUUUAAUAUCUAGAUAAGAAAUGGACAUAAGGACGAUCAUGUAAGUUGUGAGAACACUUUGUAAUGGAUGUGAGCAAUGUUAUACUGUAGUCUAGAUUACAUUACAUGGAAUCUAAGUGCUUAAAGGAAACAAUUCAUCAAUUAUGAAAAUAUUAUUGUUUGGAGAGAAUAAGAACAAGGUUUUACUGUAGAUGUUGCAAAUACUGCACAGAAGUUUAUGUAGAAAAACAAAAGUUUCAAGACAUUUUAUCUUUCACAUGCAGUCAUUACUAGUGGUCUUUGACCUUGUUGUAUGUGUGGUAUGUAGUUUGUCACAUUUAGUUGUGUGACGUUAAAGUGUCCUGAUUUUGUGACCUUCACACUUGGAUAGCAUUAUAGAUGGAGUAUGGGUAAGUGAUGCGAGUAUGUGUACAAUUGGACUAUAAGUGUAUGUGAAAGGGACACAAUAAAUGUACUGUCUAAUA